CGCAGAACGAACAGCGGACCCGAACCGAACGGCACCGCGAAUCCAUCCGACAGAAUAGUCCAACGAGAAAAGGCCAAGCGGCUGGCCGUGAAUACGCAACGGGCAAAAAAUAAUAAAAAAGCAUACUUAAUUAAUUUCUCGUGAUAAAAGAACAAGAGUUCCGUGCAAAAAAUGACUAAGAGAAAAGUGGAUAUUCUCGUGUCACUGACUCUGAUCUGCUGGCUGAGACUAGCGACUGCAAUCACAUUGGAUCUCAACCAUCUUCAGAUGAAUUUAGCUGGAAAUGGUUCCAUUAAGCUGGCUUCCCCUGCCAGCCCAGACAUUUACAAUGUCACACUUGACCUCACGGAGUAUCCAUCGUUAAGCCCUUGUCCCUCGUUGAUCAAUGCCGAUUCGUUGACCCAAACGGAACUGAUCUCUCGCCUGACCGACAGCUGUCGCUACGAUCGCCUGGAGCCACCCACUACACUUUCAGAUAUGGGGGAGAAUGAUCCGGUGGAUGUGUAUGCGCGAUUCUACAUCUAUGUGCUGAAGAACCUAGACUCGAGCGACCUGCAGUUCAUGGUGCAGGGGCUGCUGCAGUUCCGCUACAUUGAUCCUCGAUUGGCAUUCUCCACCUAUGCCCCCAGUCGAAAACAGCCCGUGAUGGGGCAGGCGAUUCUGAGGCAGUCGCUGUGGGUGCCGCACAUCUUUCUGGCGAACGAGCAGAGCUCCACUGUGCUGGGGACCAACGAGAAGGAUAUGCUGACGACCAUUUAUCCCGAUGGGACUGUGCUCAUUUCCACACGCAUCCAGGCGACGCUCUACUGUUGGAUGAACUUCCAAAAGUUUCCCUUCGAUGAGCAGAAAUGCACCACCAUUCUGGAGAGCUGGAUGUACAACACCUCGGUGCUGCGUCUGCACUGGGAGGCCACAAAUCCCGUCAGCUUCGACAGUCAGCUGCAGUUGACGGAAUACAAUCUGAUCGGAUCGGUCUACAAUGAGUCCAUCGAAGUCUCAGACGAGAGUUUCAUGUCCCACGGCGCAUUGGUGGGGAACUACAGCACCCUGACCUUCACUGUGCUGCUGACCCGGGAGGUGGGCUACUAUGUGAUUGAUUACUUUCUGCCCUCGAUCAUGAUAGUGACCAUCUCGUGGGUAACCUUCUGGCUGCAGGCCGAUCAGACCCCGGCUCGCACCACCCUCGGCUGCACCACCCUGCUGUCGUUUAUCACACUCUCCCUGUCGCAGGAGAACAAUCUGUCCAAGGUUAGCUAUGUCACAAUGUCGGAGGUGUGGUUUCUGGUCUGCACCAUCUUCAUCUUUGGCAGCCUCGUCGAAUUCGCCUUUGUGAACACCAUCUGGCGGCGCAACAACAAUCUGGAGCUGAAGAAACGCACCACCAAGUACAUUGUCAAGUCGACAUUUGUCCCAAAUCUGAAGCGUAACCGCCGGGGCUACAAUCGCAGCCAAAGCACCAUGAGCACCACCAGCAUGGACAAGGGCUGUGGUGCGAAUAACACAGUCAUCACCAUUGAGACCCCCAUCAUCAUUGGCAACGGUCUCAGCCGCGAAAACUCUUCCGUAAGUCUUGCGGAAUCGGAAAUGGGUUCUGCUUCGACGGCCAAUCUGACCGAUACAGAAAAGGAGAAGCCGGCCCAGACAUUUGCCACCAUGACACCCAAGGAGGUAUCCCUGUGGAUAGAUCGCAAGAUGCGCUUCGUCUUCCCACUGGCAUUCAUAUUGUUCAAUGCCCUGUUCUGGACUUUGGUCUACUGUCUAUAGGUUUACUUAGGAAGAGGAGCCCAACUGUGAUCCAUCCAAUGCCUCAUUAUAAUAUGGAAUUUUUGCUUAAGUUUAGCUUUAAGUAGUCUGUAUUUGUU